CGCAUCGUGCCGUUAUUCAAUUCUAGGCCCGGCUUACUCGAUCCCAGUUCCUGUCUCUCUCUGCUUCUGCCGGGGCUUAUCCCUCCUUACCGAUUGACAGAGUCGGCGCAUCCAACAUUUCUCAUCCUCAGGGACGAGGCGAGAUGGAUUACUCGUUCUAUUCCAAUCCCCACCAGCAGCCUUACCCUCUCUACGGCGUACACGGACUGCCCACCCCCGACCAAAGCAAUCCAACCCCUCACGCCGAAAACCUACAGGGCACUUUCGCUUCUUUGGGGGCGCAACAUUACCAGUCCUUUGACCCAAACUUGCGCUUUCAGGAUCCUCACGCUGGCGCUUCCUUCGUUGCCCCGCCACACUCGCCCCCCGAGUCUCUCACCAAGCAUUCGGUCUCAAGCAAUGAUUUUGCCAAUCAGCACCUUGAUCAGGCCUCGCUCGAUGGAGAUGACCAGCUCCUAGAUCAGAAUCUCGGUCGGAGUAGCAGCGAGGAGAAGGAUAGCCUCACACCGGCGCAAUCUAAACGAAAGGCUCAGAACAGAGCUGCCCAACGCGCUUUCCGUGAACGCAAGGAACGACAUGUGCGCGAACUAGAGGAGAAAGUCAGCAAUCUUGAAAAUGAAUCAACAUCGCUUAUGGCGGACAAUGAGCGACUAAAACGGGAACUGGCCAGGUUUACGACAGAAAAUGAGAUACUCCGGGCAACUUCCACCUCGCUCCGGCAUUCAAAUCAACACUCGGCUGAUCCGGAGCCGACGACCACCGGGCCGAUGAAGUACUCGCCCACGGAUCUCAGUUCCGAUCUCGGUGGGGGUCAUGCUCCGGCCCACCGCAUAACGGUCUGCGGGAAAACGGGCGAGAGACUCCUUGAUGCGGGCGCCACGUGGGACCUCAUUCAGGGACAUGAGCUCUUCAAGCGCGGCUUGGUGAACAUUGGCGAUGUCUCGGGUCGAUUGCAGGGGACUGCUCAGUGCGAUGGACAGGGCCCCGCCUUUCGGGAAAGUCAAGUUCUCCAAGCAAUUGAGGAGAGCGCAGCUUCUGGUAACGAUGACUUGCUGUGAACUGAGAUUCUACGAUGUUAUGCUUUGUCUUGUGGAUCACUUUUUUGGUGCAUAGGCGUUGGGAUCUGUUUUGAGUAUAUGAACAGUGCUUCUGAGAAGUUCUAUUUGAGUAUACUGCGGUCUGUUAUAAAGAGUGAGCGACUCUGUUGGGUCCUCCCUGGAGUCAUUGGAGAUUCAGGAAUGAGCCAUUAUACCUAUCGCUGUCAACCAGUUGAAUAUGAACCGAUUUGUAUGUUAUGAAGCAUGUUCGGCUGAUUGUAUGCCUCGGCCUUCGUUUCCGGCUCAUUGGCUGUGACUGGAUGCAUUGCUCGUUGGUUGGAUUUUUAACAACCGUGUGGUACUAUUAGGACAUGCGAGUGACCACUAAUCCGCAAUCAAGUUGACCAUCUGGUCAUCUCAGGUAUGAAGCGGCCUUUGAGGCUUUCCCUGAACUCAUCACGAUAUGCUGUUCUUCUCGAUAUAAAUUUCUAGAUAUCAGGAGCAGUUGUCUCU